GAAUUCGUGAAAGACCAUGCACGAGUCAGUGAAGAGUCAUUCGUGAAGCAGUGAACUACGUCGAGUCCGUCGCGGAAUGAGCGGAUAGCUCUUGUUGAGACUAGAGAUAUCAGAGCAUUAAUUAGUUAUUGCGGAUCCAAGCAAGUGCUAAUCGACACAGAACGUAACCGAUCGACGUCCAAGAAUGACAGUAAUAAGGAUGACCUCGCCGGUGACGCCUGCAUCGACCAGUCCGGAUUCGCCAGACGAGGCUCAGGCAAGUCCCAAACCGGCUCAUCGAUUGAGCUUCUCCGUCGCGGCCCUGCUGGCCGACACCAGAAAGACGUCGGAGUCCUCGAGGAGGCAGGACGCGAUCUUAACGUCACCCAGAUCGUCGCCGAUCGUCUCGUACGCGCCGAUCCGACAGGAGCCUCGUAUGCUGAAGCAUCCGUGUGACUUCAGAACGUCAAGAUACACCUUAUCGUCGCCCAAUCAUAAUCAAGAUGUCAGAUUGAUUCAUUGCAUCUCUCCUCAUAAUAGUUCGGAGCCAAGAACGCCACCGAGAUAUCCCGAAGCGAUCGACUACGCCUGCAAUAUCGAGUCACCCGGCAGAAGAUCGACCUCCGGUAGCGUGGACUACCGCAUGCAUCCAUCCGUCGACAUGAGUACCACGCCGGAACCCGCGGUAGGCUGUUCCUCGUCUCCGAAGAUCAUCGGCAGUCACCAGGACGCCGGCUCGCAAUCACCGAGAAGCAGCUCUCACGACGAGGCGCGCUCGAGAUGUUCGGAAACGGACGACAUCGAAGAGGACGACGAGAGCAGACUGGUUGACGUGGAGGAUCUUCAGCAUCAUCCGUCCAGCCCAACUCCCGUUAGGCCGACACCGGCCUACCUCGGCGGUUUCGCCACCAUCGGCGGUAUCCCGGAGAUCUCGCCUAGUCUUCACCCUGCAGUCUGGGGCGGCGGACAUCAAAAUGCAGCUGCAGCCGCUGCGGCCGCCGCAGCGGCCGCGGCCACGGCCACAUUCUUCCCUUCUCACUUCUCUCAUCAUGCUCCUCUAAACG